AUGCGAGACGCCUUUUGCCACGCACCGGUUGCCGCCAACCAACGGACGGCUUACAAGGCUGGGGCGAGGGGCUUUCUACCCACCUGCUUGGCCUACCUCUAUUUUCAGCCGGUGCAUGGGAUGGCACGUCCAAGUUACACUUCGGCCUUUUGCAAAGUCAGCCAGAGCAAAGUGGACGAAGUUGUUUGCCUCAAGGCUGGGUUUGCAUACAUGGCACGCUUGCAGGUCAAAGGACGGGGCCCUGGUGACACACGCGGAAUCCACGCCAAAAACGCGGUCUCAGUUGCUGUGAUGUUAGUUGCCCGCUACCUUGGCUAUGAUCUUAGACCUGCGCGCGAGCGCAUUGCUUGCUUGCCUAGCAAGCGAGCUGCCUGGCUCUUUGUUUGUUUUUAA